AUGGCAAAAGACGUCGAAUCGUUUAUUGGGUCGAUCGAUCAGGGGACGACAAGCUCUAGGUUUUUGAUAUUUAACCAAAACGGAGAAGUCGUAGCCUCGCAUCAGUUGGAAUUUACCCAGAUAUACCCGCAACCGGGUUGGCAUGAACACGAUCCGAUAGAAAUUGUCACAUCUGUGGAAAGGUGUAUCGACGGCGCUGUAUCCAGCUUCGAACAUCAAGGUUACAAUGUGGGAUCAAUCAAAGCCGUCGGUAUCACGAACCAAAGAGAGACUACCGUCGUUUGGAAUAAGGAAACCGGAGAGCCACUGUAUAAUGCGAUUGUGUGGACGGAUACUCGAACGCAGUCACUAAUCCGGAGACUAAAGCAGCGGUUGGGGCAUAGUGAGCUUCAGGAGCACUGUGGUCUUCCCUUAUCAACGUACCCUUCGGUGGGGAAACUCCUCUGGCUCCUGGAUUGUGUGCCCAGGGUUAAAGAGGCUUAUGAAAACGGCGUCCUUGCUUUUGGGACAAUAGACACCUGGUUGGUUUAUAAACUCAAUGGCGGGCCGAAGAAUAAUGUCUUUGUGACGGAUCCUUCAAACGCGUCUCGAACGAUGUUCAUGGACAUAAGAACUCGCCAGUACAGUGAAACCCUAAUCGACUUCUUCCGACUAAAUCGGACGAAGUUACAUUUGCCAACCAUAAUCCAUUCGUCUGAUCCAAAGGGAUACGGGUCACUGGCCUCAACAGUUUUAAGGGGUGUGCCAAUAACGGGCUGCCUUGGCGAUCAAUCGGCUGCCCUUGUAGGGCAAAAAGGAUUUACUCCCGGCAAGGCCAAAAAUACCUAUGGGACGGGCUGCUUCUUGCUGUACAAUGUGGGCGAGAAUCCUGUGAUCUCCAACCACGGACUGCUCACGACUGUUGCAUACGAUUUUGGCGGCGAAGUGAUGUAUGCGCUAGAAGGCAGUAUUGCCGUAGCUGGCUCAAGUGUUAAAUUUCUCAAGGACAACUUUGAAUUUGUCAAGUCAUCCGAAGAAAUAAACAGGCUGGCGGAGACGGUUGAGGAUAACGGUGGAUGUGUCUUUGUCACGGCCUUCAGUGGACUUUUUGCACCAUACUGGAUAGACGACGCCCGGGGGACUAUUUUCGGCAUUACCACAUAUACUAAGCGCGGACAUAUCGCCCGCGCAACAUUGGAAGCGACAUGUUUCCAAACAAAAGCGAUACUCGAUGCCAUGGCGAAGGACAGUGGUCGAGCGCUGACGGAGUUAGCCGUGGAUGGUGGGAUGUGCAACAGCGAUUUGACAAUGCAAACACAAGCGGAUCUCAUCUCGAUACCCGUUAAUCGGCCCGCGAUGCGAGAAACCACUGCUUUUGGAGCGGCCAUUGCGGCAGGGCUCGCGGUGGGAUUUUGGCAAGAUGUUCAAGAGCUGGAAUCCGUGAAUGUAGAUGGACAAACGGUAUUCGAGCCAAAGGUGCCAAAGGCAGAGGCUGAGAAACGCUUCGAGCAGUGGGAGAAGGCGGUUCAGAUGUGCCGCGGAUGGGCAAGCUGA